AUAUUAUUUUGCAUAAGCCAAAUAUUUAUCAGUUGAAAAAUUUAAUUUUCAUAAAAAAAAUUAUUGAAUUAAAAUUUUAGAUUCCACAGCAGUCAUAUGGAUGCGUUCGUUUGCUUGCAACCGUUCUCUAUCCCUCUGCACACCCCUAGAUAGAAUAGAUUGUUUCCAGGAGUUUUUAUCAUAGCAAGCAUAGAUAAAAGAGCAACAUAUCAUUACUAAGUGUAGUGGUAAUGCAUUCUUUGUCAUUAUUAUUUGACUUUAUAAAGCAGAGAUAGAGAUUAAAUAUUUUUUAAGCUACUCCAAAAAAGAGAAAAAAAUGAACAGUGAAAAGAGAGAAUUUGUUUUUACGUGGAGAAUCGAAAAUGUUUCGUUCGGAGAGAGAAGAUACAUAGGAUGUCCAGAAUUCCAGGCAGAAUGUCUAGGCCAAACACGGUGGAAAGUAGAUGUUUGCCCCAUAGGAUAUCAGAACGAGUCUUCUUGUAGACUAAUUUGGUUUAAUGCCAAAAAUGAAACAUCUAAUACUUUGGAGUUAUAUGAUAUAUCUAAAAGCAAAAGUGUUGGAAAAGAUGUUAUAGGUCACCGAUUUGAAUUACAUGACAUCAAUGGUGUGCUUUUUCGUUCCUCUGACAUUCAGACUUUUAUAGAUGAAGGGUAUUGUUAUAAAUAUAUAUAUUUCAAAGAUAUAGGUUUAGAGAGAGAUCUGAAAGAUUUACCAGAAGAUAUUAUAAUAGUUCGUUGCGUUUUAAUGAGAAUGAAAGUUGAUAGCUCCAGUGAGAAUUUCAACAGUUGUCUUGAAAAUCAAAGAGCUGACGAAGCGAAGUCUGAUUGUGAAUGCAACACCAUUCACGGAGUCGAUACUUUUACUUGCACGUAUAAAGAUUUACGAGCUUUGAAAGGAGAAAAGGUUGUACCGACGCCUACAAGAUUCUGUAUUAAUUUCUCGGUGAAUGAGAAGGGAGAAGUGUAUGUUUCAUUCUACACAAAAAGAGCCCAGGAUGUAAUUUAUGUAUCUUUCAAAAUAUCUUUAAUUUGUCCAGAUGGUGCAGUAGCAAAGGUUUUGCUGGAUACUCCCACACAAUAUCUCGAAUCGGUUGGACGUGAUAGGUUCUGUAUAGGAAGAAUGGAUGACAAAUAUUAUUUAAAAUGUGAGACAAAAUCUUCAAAUUCAGUUCGAUUCGAUACAGUAAGCUAUUCACCUGCUUGCAUAUUAAAUGCAACUGAGAGUUCGGCUCACUCCAGCGAAAAUAAUGAAAUUCUAGCCAAUACAGCUGAAGCCCUUAAUCCAGAAGGAAUUUCAAUCUCAACGCAAACUGAAGAAAGCAAUGUAGACUUCAAAUCGCAAGAAUUAAUGAAAUUUGUUCAUUUGCCAUUGCAAGAUGACUUAUGCAAAUUGUUAAAGAAUGAAACAUUUACUGAUGUGACAUUGAAGUCAGAAAAUGUAAUUAUGCCAGCCCAUAAAGCUCUUCUGGCAGCACGAUCACCCGUUUUUUCAGCCAUGUUUCAUCAAGAUAUGCUGGAGAGUCAAUCAGGUACUAUUUAUUUAUCAGAUGUUGAUGUAGAGACACUUAAAUUGUUUUUAGAAUACAUUUACACAGACACCGUUGAAAUGAAGAGCCAUGAAAAUGUCAUCAAACUGAUGAUAAUUGCUGAUAAGUAUCAAGUUAUACCGCUUAAAGAGGGAUGUUCUGCUUACUUGAAGACCAUCUUGUCUGAUGAAAAUGUGUGCGAUGUAAUUGCUGUUGCCGAUAUGGUUAAUCAAGAAGAUUUAAAGUUGUGCGCUAUGGCGUAUAUCAAAGCUAAUGUUUCGAAAAUCCUAUCUACUUCAAAGUGGAAAAAAUGGUUGAGGCAGAAUUUAGAAUUGGCUGCUGAUAUUGUAGCAGAAGUGUCUUCCUGAUUAGUAAAUACAGAUCGUAAAGAGUAUAUCCAGAUAAUCUACUUGUUUUAGGUUUGAAGAAAUAAAACGGGGAGGUUUUGUUCCAGCAGAUGUGAAAAUAUGAAUGAAGAAUUUGUUAGAAAUUAUGUUUCGCAGAAAUUUGUUUCCUCAAUUCAAAUAUAAAUUACGUUAAAAUUUCAUUAAAAUGUAUUAAAUGUAUUAAAAUUUUAUUUAAAUCAUUAAAUUUUUAUGUUUUCGUUUUUAAGAUCAAGGAA